UAGACGCAUGCGCGGGUUGUUUGAUCACGGAUGGUGCUGCGUAUCGGGCAAGUUUGAGAGGUUCCAUUGAGUAGGUGCCCGGGGCCGGGCUGAGGGGGUGGUCGGUGCCCGCGGGGCGUGAGGGGAGCUGAGGGCGUCCUGUCAGUGCCUCCUCAUGCCAGGCAUGUUCUAGGCUGCUGGUCCCCCCAUGGCUGCCUACCACUGCUGUGUGCCCUUCUGUAACAGUGACUCCAGGUACAAUGCAGACAAGAAGAUCUCCUUCCACAGGAUCCCAGCCUUCCAUGUGGAGCCGCAGAGACACCGGGACUGGCUGAACCGGAUCCGCAGAGAACCGGGGCCCAGCUUCAAGGUCUCCAGCUGCACCCGAGUCUGUUCCAAACAUUUCCUCCCGUCUGAUUUCGUGAGGACGUUGACAGGAAAAAGGAACCUGAAGCCUUACAGCGUGCCCUGCAUCUUCCAGUGGUCGGCAGAGGAGAUGACCCAGGAGCAGAUGUCUGUCCCCAAGAGGAAUUCCGGGAGCAGUAAGCACAAGCUUCAGCCCAUAUUGCCUUCACAACCCCAAGUCCAGAACAAUAAGCCUUCCCCAGCAGUGGAGAUGACGGCGUCUAUACUGGACCACUGCUACGACUUACCCCCGAUGACCGAUACCGAGAUGCUGCACGCGGCCCGUGAGGAGAUCGGCCGUCUACAGCAUCGCAAUGCCUCCCUGGAGAAGAGUCUGUUCUUUCUGGAGCGCUUUUCCACGGACUCGAGCCUUAUUCACUUUUAUACCGGAUUUAAGGACUAUUCCACGUUGAAAGUAGUUUUUUCUACCCUGACUGAAACCGAGGGCAGCUCCGUAAAAUGGAAGCAGUGCCAGCAAGAAGGGGACAGACACGUCGACAAGGGGUCCCCUGCUGAAGCAGAGGGCAUGCCACAGAUGGACCAGUUCUUCUUAUUUCUAUGCAAGGUUCGCCAGGGAUUCCACGACCAGGAUCUAGCCGUCCGCUUUAACAUCUCGCAGACCAGGGUUGUCCGCAUCAUUGUCACAUGGGCGCACUAUUUGUAUCUUGUCCUUGGUGAAAUCCCUCUUUGGCGCAGCCGAGAAACCGGGUGCCAGGAUGUGCCAGAAUGUUUCAAGGCGUCCUACCCUCGUGCCCGGGUGACUUUACAUUGUGCAGAGAUUAAGGUCCAGACGAGCGAGACUGAGAACAAACCUUCUCAGGUGUAUUAUAAUCAUGCCGUGUACAAAGGCUUGCUUGGCAUAGCCCCCCACGGAGCGGUCAUAUUUAUAAGCCCACUCUAUUCUGGGGGUGCAUCCAAGAGAGAGAUCGUUAAGUCAUCUGGCAUCUUGGAGUUGUUGGAACCUGGAGAUUGGAUGGUAACUGAGAAGGAUUUCCUCAUCCAAGAUUUAGUGGAAUCUGUUGGCGCCUUCGUGGUCAUCCCUCCUAUUAUCACCACGGCUGCUCUCCCUAGGGAGUGCCACGAAGCCACGGUCAUGUUAAGCCAGCCGUCAACUGAGCAAAAUGCCAUGUUCAUCCUAGCAUCCACUAACGAGAAGGGGCAGGAGACCUUGGUUGUGACCACCUCGCCAGGGGUAGAAGAUUCGCUUGUGGAACUGGAGCGCUCAGCAGGAGAGGUGGAUGUGGUCGAGGAGGUUGUGACCGAAGAGAAGUUAGUGGAAGAGGUGGUGACCACUACAGACAGCAUAGAAGAGGUUUCUAAAGACCGCAGUCAGCCUGGAGGGGAAGUAAGACACCUGGCCAAAAGGAAAGGCCCACAUUAUGGCCGGGAGGAGGUGGUGAGGUGCGCGCCCCACCUGGAGAAGGAAGCUGCUGGACUAAACAAGGACAUAAAUUCCCUCGCUCGUCUAAGAAUUUGCAUAAACCAAGACAUAGAGAGAGUUCGCCAGUACCAUCUGUUCGAUAACGUCCUUCCGUAUGCGUUAAGUGGCAUUGCCAAUCAGUUGUGGGCCGUGUGCGCCAUGCUAAGUAAUAUCAACGGGUCACUGAGCUAAAAUGUGAAUGGUGCAUGUAAAGGGAAGACGUGGAACAGUGGAAAGUUCCCCUUAAGUUGGGACAUUACCCAAAUAAAGACUAAAGGACCCUGUAAAGUGCCAGUGGGGGAGGGGGCACAAAAUCUGGUAUGUCCUAUAUGGAGAUAACAUGACUUUCCAUAAGAUUUAAAGGCGCAGCAGGGUAAAUAUCCCCGGGACCCCCACCAAUCAGAUGAACAGGACCGCAGUGCUCACUGGAACCCCUGACUCCUUAAAGGGGUUUUCUGGGAAUAAUUUCCUUUUAUCUAAUACCCGCAGCCUGUCCCUAUAAAUAGAAAAUUCAUCCUUCCUGCUCCUCGCGGCUCCGGUCCUCUGCGCUGCCUCUGCCGCGUGCACGUUCCCCGCGGUGUUUACAUCCAGUCACAUUCUCCACUGCAGCCAAUGACUGGUAUCAGCAGUAAUGUGCCACUUAUGACCAUGCAGUGCGGGGACCGGGACACCGACACAGCGGGGGGCAGGGGAGUAUGAAUCCUCUGUUUAGUGCCUACAGCCUGCUUCCGUAAACAGUGAUUAUUCCUGGAAACCACCUUUAACUGCAGCAGCGGCACACGGUGGCUGCAGCAGUGAUUAUCAUUCUGCUAACUGGUGGGGGUCCCGGUGAUAGAACUUAGAUUGCACAUUGAUGGACCUUUUGAAGGAUACACAAUCCAUGUAUGAUCCCAGAAAAGCCCUUUAAGCACUGGUCAUGUGGAGCUGCAUGUUAUAGAUCAGGAGGAGCUGAGCCGAUUGGUAUAUAGCGGGGAUCAGCAGCCUCCGCCACUCCAACUAUUCAGAAACUACAACUCCCAGAAUGUUUCAUUGGUUCAUUCUCGUCUAUGGGAGUUAGAAGAAUAGCCGAGCAUGUUUGCACGCUGUGAGUUGUAGUUUCACAACAGCCGGUGGCUUAUCCUUGGUAUAUAAUCUUAUGGGAGAAGAUUCAGCAAAGCUUGUAUUUCAUUCAUAUAAAUUCCUGCUCAUUUUGGGCUGUGGAGUCCAGGAGGCGGUCCUAUGAAUGAUUGACAGCCCCCCUCUGACUGUGUAUGGAGAGCUGUCAGUCACUGGACUUCAGAGACCAGAAUGAGCAGGAAAUUAAAGGGGUAUCCCCCUCUUGCUAUUUGGGACCCCUUCAAUAGAAGGCACUUGCCAAUUGCUUUGCGUCCCUGGAAGUGCCUCCUUUCCAAGCUCUGGCUCCCCAUUCUCCUGGCAUGUGUGCGGCUGGUUGUUGGGUGAUGCUGCCAGCACUGCGAUCUUGCAGCGGAGGUCGUGCUUGCGCACGGAGAUGAAGUCCUUUGCUAACUGCGGUGGCCAAGAUCGUAGGGACUUGCAUAUCCACGCAUGCACGGCAGCUGCUAGCCCGGCCACCACUCUGCAACAUAUCCUGUUUCAAUAGAACAGCUCCAGGACAUGAACAGAAACCCCGGAGCUGUUCUAUCCAGCAUUGGGAUCUCGCCUGUCAUUACAACGCUGCUUGCCUGCGCUUUCAUUCAUAUGGAACGAAUCCGUCCACGGAGGUUCCAGGACGCGCUGAGCUCCGGAGCUGCCGUGGAGGUGAACACGGGACAUGGGACAACCCCCUUUAAAUGAAUGAAAUACAAGAUGCACCAAAUCUUUUCCCAUAAAACUAUAUAUCAACCUGCUCAGCUGCUCUAUAACCUGCAGAUCAGACACCAUGUUCAGCGUGACAGGUUCCCUUUUAUCUGUCACACAAUUCCUUAAAGGGGCUGCCCAGGGUCAGAGAAAUAUGGCUGCUUUCUUCCAGGAACGGCAGCACCCCUGUCCUUGAGUUGUGGCGGCUAUUGCAGCUCCGCUUCAUUACAGUGAAUGGGACCGAAUUGCAGUACCACACACAGCCUGUGGACAGGUGUGUCGCUGUUUUUGAAAGAAAACAGCCAUUCUUUUCAAACGCUGUACAAACCCUUUAAGCUGGCCGUACACGUGAAAUGUAUGUCUAUGCUUGGGAUAGGUCAUCAAUAUAAGAUCAGGAAGGGUAGGACCCCUGGCACCCCCCACCAUCAACGUUUUCCAGAGCAGCUGUGAGCUCACCAGGCACAGCGCCAUCCAUUGUAUAGUGGCUGUGCUUGGUAUCACAGCCCAGCCCCAUUCACUUGAGUGCGUCUGAGCUGUGUGUAGGAAGAGGCCAGAGCUCUACAGGAGUCGGACCCCGCCAAUCUAAUAUUGAUGACCUAUCCUGAGGAAAGGCCAUCAAUAUAUGUCUCGGAAAACCCCUUAAAAGGAGUUGUCACUUCAGCAAAUGGCUUUUAUCAUGUAGAGAAAGUUAUUAUAGAGCACUUCCUAAUGUGUUGUGAUUCUCCAUAUUGCCUCCUUUUGGUGGCUUGAUUCAUUUUUCCGUCUCAUUAUAGACAGCUCGUAUCCAGGGGGUUAUAGCCAUCGCUGCAGCGCAGGUACAAGGUGGCCGGGACAGGAGCUGCUGCGCGUGCGCGCCUAUGUGCGCUUUCAUGGUCCCAGCCGGAGCUCUUUCCUAUAUUGUGCAAACACGACCACUGAUGCGGAAUUGCAGGGUGGUCGUAACCCCUGGAAAUGAGCCGUAUAUGAUGUGAGGAGGCGAUAUGGAGAAUCGGAAUACAUUAGUAAGUGCCUCGUAUUAUCAUUUGCUGAGGUCAGACGACCCCUUUAAGCUCUCUGCAGAUCAGGUCAGUUCCUGCUGCAGAUUUUUUCCCGCACUGCUUGGAUGGGAUUUGGUAAAAAAUCUCAUGUAUUUUGCUGGCACGUUAAUUCACUGCGGAUUUUCUGCCCUCAAAUCCGCGAUGGAAGCUCUACAGGGCGUACGCUUAAGCUCCACGUUCCACCUGCUGUGAAGUUGUCUUUCUAUGAAGGUGCAAACAGCACCCAUGUCCUUUAAGUUGUUUUUAAAGGUAAAUCCACUGUUACAGCUAUUUUACGGGACUUAAAGGGAGUCUUUCGCCUAAUUUGAGCGUUUUAGACCGCUCCGAUCAGGGUAUUGACUCUUUGACCCUCAUUACAAUCGUACCUUUCUUUUCUGUGUCCCUCGUCCAGAUCAUGGAAAAAAACACUUUUUAAACGUAUGGAAAUGAGCUUCUAAAGGUGCCCAGGGGCAGCGUUACUGGGCGAUGUGCCACGAAAAACACACCUCUCUCAGCCCUCUGGCUCGCCCUUCUGUCCUAUUACCUCCUCCGAGCGGCACCAGAGGCCGGCGGGCCGGCUGUGUUUAGUUGGCCGGCGCAUGCGCAAUAUGAAAAUCUGUUCCUCUGCCCAUACCGGGCAGAGCAGUGCGCAGGUGCGGGCCAGUUCCCAGCCUGACUUCUCUUGCCGCUCGUGACGUCCGCCGGCUGGAGGCAGAGGAGAAGGUAAUAAUAGGACAGAAGGGACACAGAAAAGAAAGGUAC